UAUUUAUUAAAAAAAAUAAUAAAAAUCGUAAAUUUAAAAAUUGACAUUUCCCGCGCGGCGCGGGGACACGAAAAACGAUCGGGAUUUGAAUGUGUGAGGCGCGCGAUUCGUGGUAUUGAUGUAGUAGUAAUAUAACGCGGGGAAAAGUUUACUCGGAGACGGUGGAGGAGGUGAACAAGGUGGUGUGUGAGGCUCCGAGGUGGUGAUCGACGAGGAGGAGGAGGAGGAGGCGCGACAGUCGCCAUGUUUGAGGCAACGAUCGCACGUGUUCCGCGGCCGUCGUUGCUGUCAGUCGCGAGAGAUAAGUGUUAGUGGCGCGAUGUGCUUGAAUUUUAAUAUUUAAAUAAUUUAUUUAACCAGUUUUUAAACAAAAACAGAUAAAACAAAACGCCUUCACCAUUAUACUGUUUAUUAAAUUAUUAUUUUACAAUAUUGUCUCUGUACUUAACUUAUAAAUUAGAACAUCUGUGAGUUUUUAUUACCCGCUUAAUACGCCGAGGUGUUAUUAAUAAGUGUAUUGCUAAUUGAUCAGCUGCUUCGAAUUACUAUUCAAAUAUAUUACAUAUAUUCAAAUUACGGUUAUUUUUUUAAAAAUUAUUUACAAUAAUUAACGUCAAGUGUCAAGAGUUUGGUGUUUUAUUUUAAAUUUAAAUUUGAAGACCAAUACCAUAACAAUAACAAUUAUUGGAGUAGUAAAAAUGCACACGUAGAGGAAUCAGUGAUAAAAAGUAGUACACAAAUGCGUGUAAUGUGGACGACAAAGUACGUCAGACGCGUGAGACUUACACUAGUAGUGAGACCAGUCAGACGUAGAUAGGUAACAUAAUAACCAGAGAGAGCAGAGUGAGAUCGCGCGACAGAGAGUGAUGCAGUGGCGUGGUGCGAGUGUUAAGUGCCCUGUGCCAAUCACUUGGAUUACUUGAAGAACAUGCCCUCAUCCGGAGGUUAUUAUGACGAUAGAAACCCGCUGCUCAAAGGGACUAUGUCGAGCGUGGACCGGGACCGGCUUCGAGAGCGUGAGCGGCAGGCACGCGCGGCGAUGUCGGUCCAGGCAGAGCAGGCAGCAGCAGCCGGAGGUCCAGAGAAUUGCCACAGCCACCACAAUCACGGCCAUCACCAUCAUCACGCUAAUUCCCACGUGUCUGCAGCUGCCUCGCUCUUCCGCGCCCCCGUCAAGGUAAAUCCUGACGCGCACGACCGAACAACUCAGCAGAUCCAAUCCAAGCUCGGGAACUACUCACUGGUAAAGCAUCUGCUGGACGAGCCAAAGAGACUGAUAGGAAUUGAAGGUGUACCAGCUAGUCCAGCGCCGGGGUCGAGCUCAUCUACACGUUUAUCUUCGAGCACAAGUUGUAGGAGUUCGCCGUCAUCGCAAGAAUUUAAAAAACCAGGCGGUAAUGGUCCCCGAACAUCAUCGUCAUCAUCAUCAACAACCGGGUCUACUUCGAGCCAUACCUCCCAGCGCGGCGGUUUCAUAAAACCCGCGGAUGGGAAACCACCUUAUGGUGGUCGAGGUGGCUAUCCAGGGCAACCAGUAAAACACGGUGGCAGUAGCAACGAUCACAGAAGCCACGGGAUCCUUCCCGCAAAGGGUCCACCUUCGUCAAUCCCUGGUAAUGCCAAUUCUACCGGAAACAGCGGUGGUCUAACCUCUUCCGGAAAUUGUCCUCCCCCCGGUAAUUCGGGUAAUUUGAGCAGAGUUCACGCAGCUGCUUCCAGACUCCCAAGGUUACCUCUUGACAACGGAGUAAGACAUGGGUCGGAUCCAGCAGACUUGGAAAACAUCCUCAAGGAAAUGACGAUGCCGCCCAUACCACUUACAGCUAUUGCACAGACACCAAGAAAAGAACUGGAAUCCAAGUUCACAUUCAACCCUGUACUAGCUAAGCUGACUGAGAUACCGCCUGAACCUAUCAAGCCGCCACAACGUGAACGACAUGGGACCACACGUUUAUCAGCUGAUCUUGAGCGUGAUUUAAGUCUCUCGGAAGACAGUGAAGAUGAAGGCGUCAAGACGUCAAUUUCAAGAGUAUCAAGAUCCACUGCAAGUCCAAGUAUAAACGCUGAUCAUUCAACACCACUGGCACCAGCUAUGACACCGGUCCCUGCACCUCUAGCACCGAUGUCACCCAGAGCAUUGUCGCCAUUGGUGACUUUAUCACCUCCGCGACCUAUAAGCCCGCUCAGGACCACGCCAAAGCACACGGUGUCCGAGCGAUUGCUGUCACCGUCAUCCAGCUCACCGAGAAAAGGCUCGCCGACAAUGCCGACGAGGCCUCCUAGUCCUCCUGGCCAAGCGCCAUUGAGUUCUGGCAGCGCCAGCUCUAGUUCGGACUCUGGAUCAGACUCGGGUACUGACAGCAGUGAUGAUUCUGAGGAUGAAAACGCACCUCCACCACCAAAAGGUCCUUCCACACCGCCUUCCGUGUCUCCAAAAGUCCCGGUGGAAGAACCUCCUCCUGCAGAGGAGUCCAAGCCUCGUUGGAAUCUCAGUAGUUUCUUCAACAAAACUGCCGUACAAGCUGGUGACAAAAAUUCAGAGAAUAAAACUGCUCAGAAUGAAGCAACUCGUCGUGACAGUUCACCUGAGGAAGCGUCUCUAGAUAUGAGAAUACGCCGGUCGGAUGGAGCUCAUCAUAAUAACGAGUGGCAGCUCGAUGAAGCGUUAAAAAGAACUAGAAACGCGACGAUGUUGACGGUCCUGAGUGAUGGUGAUCAAAAUUCCGACUCGGAGAAAAAGAAGAAAGAAGAAUUGAGAUCUCAAAUUCAAGAUAAACCAAAAGCACCAGAUGUGCGAAAACGUGGUCGGCCACGUAAAACAGCUAAAGAAACGGUCAAGAGUCCGAGAAGUCAUAGAAUGUCGUCAGAGGAAUCUAAAGCCAGCUCUAAACGCAGUAAACCUCGUAGUGUAAGCAAUCCUAAGAAAAAAACUACAGCAAUACCGCUGCCAAGGGUUCCACUUGAUAACAGCGACGAGUUGAGUGACUCAAGAUCACGUGACAGAUCGAGCGACUCGGAGUGCGAGCAGUCGAGAAUAUCUCCAGCCUCGACAGUGAUCCCAGUUGACAAACGAAGAUCACGGUUAAGUAUCUCUUCGAGUGAAGACGAGAAAACGACGAAUAAGCACAGCGCUUCGGAAGACGACGCGCGGUGGAGAAGACUAUCGUCAAAGCGCAAUAAGCUAACAGAUUCUCCAACUAAAAAGCAAGACAAGAAGAAGAGCCCCAACAAAGUUAAACCUCAACGUCCCAGGUCGAGGAUAACAAAUAACUCGGGCUGUGCUUCUGAUUCCGACAGUGAAUUAGAGACAACGUUGAGGAACAAUCGCGUACAGCCAGUCGCGAGAGUACCACCGAGACCCAGAGCCCCGCUUACAAGAGUUACCUCACCUGACAAUUCUGACAGCGACAACAGUCCAACGCCAAAACUACAAGAAGAAGACGCCGGCAAUGUGCAGGAUAAGAAAAAGAAUGAUACACUUAGGAAACUAUUUUCAAGUGCCAAGGGCGGUGCGAAAGGUGGCGGUAAGGGCGGCAAAGGUGGCAAAGGCGGUGGCAAAUGUGGAAUUUACGUGGAAGAAUACACCGCGAGUACGCCGACGGGCGGUGAAAGUCCAUACAAAAGACCGUCGUCACAAUCUUCCGCUACAGCAAACUUCCCACCCUUGAAAUAUGUCAAUGGAGUACCCAUACUUGUGUGUAAAGUCGAUCUUAGCCGACUUUCUCAUGUCCCACGGCCGUCGCGAGGUCAAGAAUUGAGACAGCGAACGGAAUUACCGGACACAAGGCCGGCUUCACGACAAUCUGUUAAAUCCGAGCGACCGCCUACGCCGGAGGAGGGUGAAAUUAUCGAUACCCCUACACCACCACCGUCCAUCGAUUUCAGGACACACGUUGAUAAUCAUCACGUCACGACUGAUCAAGCUGUGUUAUCAAAAAGUAAACGUACUGAGAGUAAGAGUGAAUUAGUUGUAACUUUAGCUGGGGCGGAUUCGAAAAAUCGUGCGAUACCUGGUGGCAGUGGAUUAUCUAGUGGCCCUACGAACUCCAGUGCCGGUGCUAGUGCUAAUGUUAUUACAGAUAAUACUGGGGAUCGAGUGCCGAAGCGUAAGCGCAACACUAGUUGCAGUUCUGUCUCUAGUUUAAAUAUGUGUUCAAUGGACAGUAAAGUUAAAUCCACAAGUGAGCACAAGGAGAAGAAAAAAAGAAAACGACAUCACACUGACAAAGACUCAAACUCAUCCAGAUCAUCUUCCCGACAACAAAAUGACAUCCAACCCACAAAUCACGAGCGGGAAGAAAGAUCUGACGUUAAUUUGCUGCCUCCACCGGUGGCACCACCUCAACGCGUCUACUAUUCUUACUUCAAUCAUCAAAAUGACGUUUUGGAGGACCAGGAUAGGGACCAGAACCAGUACCUGACGGAAGCUAAAAGAUUAAAGCACAGUGCAGAUGAGGAAUGCGAGCUGACGGCCCAGGGUAUGCUCUACUUGGAGGCAGUAUUGUAUUUCCUACUUACAGGCCACGCCAUGGAGUCAGAUCCAGUAACUGAAAGAUCCUCUUUUACCAUGUACAGAGACACACUUAGUCUUAUAAAAUACAUCUCAUCUAAGUUCAAGAGCCAACAGAACAAUUCACCUGAGAGCAGUAUCCAUAACAAGUUGGCUAUCUUGAGUUUAUGGUGCCAGUCUCUUAUUUAUUUAAAACUCUACAAAAUGCGGCAACACGAAGUCAAGGAAAACGCUAAAAUUCUUGCAGAGUACACGCAAAAAGUGAGCACGCCUGCACAGCCGACCCUCGUCCAUGCUGAAGGCCAAGGAACUCCAUCGUUGUCUCCAACACCAUCGCCGGCCGGUUCGGUUGGUUCCGUUGGUAGCCAGAGUUCGGGAUACAGCAGCGGUGAGCUCGCGAAUCGCGGUAACGUCGUCUCAGGACAGCCAUCAGCUUCAACUUUUGUCAGCGUUCCGCUUGCAAUUCACUCGAUGCUGGUAAAGCAGAAUCAACAUUUCUCAUUAUUAACUAAUUGUCACGAUUUGUGGGAUCAGGCGACCCUAUUAGUUACGGACAAACAUCGAGAUUUUUUCAUUGAAUUAGACGAAAAACUUGGUCCGCUGACAUUAAGAAGUUCAUUACGGGACUUGGUGCGUUACGUACAAGCUGGAAUUAAGAAGUUAAGAGCUCUCUGACCCCAGUGGCAAAGUCCCAGGCCGCCCACUCCCAAUUACAUAACGGCACUUCCUCACAAUAUGGCAACAUAUCCUACAAUGUUUACGUAGCUACCACGAGGAAUAAUUCGCUGCAAUGGCAAUAAUUGAUAAAUAUUUUUAUUUUCAUUAUUAUUAUUAUUUUUUUCUCACAAAAACUUCUUGGGUGGCGGCAGCGGGGACGAUUACUAUUCAAAUUAAAUAAAAAUCGACCCGAUUCAAUGGUAACCGAGUUAUCACAUAAAAUUACACUGAUCGGCAAGUCAACUGAUUUGCACUCGCCAGGAUUUUUAAAUUUUAAUCCUCAUUACAAUAGACUGCGAUUGGGUGUAAGUUGUAAAAAAAAAAAAGAGGAAGAUAAAAUAUGAAGUCAUUUAAAUUCUUCCGUUUUUUUUCUGCUUUUGUAUGAAUUCGCGUAGAUACAAUUGUACUUGAUGUGAGACUAGUGGUGCUGCGAAGAGGCCGGCAUCCUUGUAAAUUCUGUCGGGAGCUUCCUCUUCAGCGAUUAAUAAGUACGCAUUAAUGCGUACUCUUAUAGAGACAAUUAAUACAAUGACGUACAUGGCGAACUCAAUGCGCCCAGGUUUAUUAUAUCUCUACAAGUGAAUACACAGUAAUAAUAAUAAUAAAUAUUAUCAUGAUAAUUAUGUAUAAAAAAAUAACUUUUAAAUAAUAUAUUAUUAUUAUUACUGUUGUUAUGAACGAUAAUGAACGAAGACGGGCUCGUAGUUAAAAUAUGAAAAACGCCACCGGAGAUUUACGUUGUAUACCGCUAUAAAAAUAUUAUUAAUUUUUGUAGAUAAGCAGCAAUUAUAUAGUUGAUUAGUAUGCAAUGGAAAAAAAAAAAAAUGAAAAAUAAAAAAAAUCAAUACAUAUUCUUUACAUUAAUAACAAUAAUAAUAAUAAUAACGUAGUUAGUACUAUGGGAAUAAUAAUUAAAAAAAAUUAGUGGUACUAGUGGUCUCAAUAGGAUGAGAAACGACAAGUGGAUUGAAUGAGUAAUUAAUAUAAAAUGAAUACCAAGUAUGUAGAUUUAAAUGUGACUGAGAGAAUCGAGACAAGAAAAUAAAAUACGUUAAAUAAAAUAAAUAAAUAACAAGGAGUGAGUUGCUCAUGUAUAUAUUUUUGUAAAUAGGUAUUGUGAGUGCCGCUGCCUUGAGGAGAGAACUUCAUAUCCUUGACGUUUUCAUACGACGGGAUGAGUUCUAAUCCUACACAAUUUUUGCUACCACAUCUUAUGGAUGAUAAUAUAUAUUUAGUAAAUAUAUAGAUACAUAUAUAUAUAUAUUUAAUAAAUAUAUAUAAAAACAUAUAAAUAUAUUAUUGCUAGUGAUAAUUCACUCAACGUUUUUUUUUGUCAUAUAUUUUAUUGACAUUCUCUCAGUCACGCGCCUCAGAUUUUUUGAAAAUUUCCGUUGCUUUUUAGUCACUUUUUAAAAUUUAAAUAAAUAUUAUAUACUAAAUCUUAUAAAUAAUAAUAACAAUAAUAAUAUAUAUAUAAAUGAAUAAAUAAAUUUUGUGAUACAAAUGACAAAUGAAUUUCGGACGAUACGGAAUUGGCAGGCCACGAGGCCUUGAGUUAACUAUGCGUGGUCCAAUUAAUACAAUUAAUUUUUUCAAUUCUAUAAUCCAGUGUCAAUUUACACAGACAAAAGUAAUAAAAUAAAAAAAAUAAUUUAAAAAAAAUUCCAUAUUUUCGAGAUGCAUUUAUCAUAAUAAUUAAAAACAGAAUUAUAUCACAUUCAUGAACUCAAAUUAACCGACAUUCAUUUGGAUAUUUGGAUACUUUUUAAUUAAAAAGUAAAUAAAUAAAUAAGAAACAGAAUCUUAAAAUAAAACUAUCAGAUAUAGUUUUUUACGCGUAUCCAAAAAAAUAAAUAAAAAAAUGAUAAAUAUAUUUGGAGAUCCCAGCAGCUUUUUGAUAGAAUAUUUCAUUAAAAAUAAUUAAGUAACACAAAGAAAAAAUUAUUCGAAGCUAAGAAAUUUAUAAAAGAUAAAUACUUUUAUUUAUUUAUUAAUUAAAUUUUUUAUUUUAAAUAAUUUAAAGUCGACUAGUACCCGAUACCCGAUAAAUUUCAUUGCCAAUUGUACACUUAUUGACAAGAAACUUUUAUUUAUUAUUAUUAUUAAUAAUAAUAAUAAACGUAUUGUUAUAAGACGAGGGCGUGGCUGAGACAGUGCGAGAAAGAAAUCUAAUUAUAUUGAUAAUUAAAAACGUUAUGAGUAAAUUGAACAAUUUGUAAAUGAUAUUUAAUCAAGAGUAGCAGUUUUAUUUUUUAUUUAUGAGAACACGGAGUGGAGCGAUCCCCGGUAACAACAAUUACGUUUUUUUGUUACUGCUGCUUGUCUUGACAAGCUUUUUACCCUACAGUGAAUGUAAUAUAUAUUUAUCUAUAUAUCUAUACAUACUGAAUAUAUAUAAAUAAAUAUAUACAUACACUUAAUAUUAUUAAUUAUAAUUAUAAUUACAAUCAUACAAUAUUAUUGCUAUUAAUAUAAUUACUAUAUUUUAUUUUAUUAUAUUCGAUUUGAAUAUAGACAUAUAUUUAAAUUUAAAGAAAAACAUAUUUUUGAUCAAAGUAUCAUUGGAGAAAGAACAAUUUCAUUAUUUUUUCCAUUCGCUCCAAUUAUUAAACAAAAAAAAGAAACAAACGAUUAAGUGUCUGGCUAAUUUAUAAUCUGGUGCUCAUAUUAUUUCGUUUUCUUCCUUUUCACUAAAAAUAUAUAUAAUAUUUAAAAAUUUCCACUGUAAAAUAAAAAACUCAACUUAUAAUUACAAUUUAUUUGUGAUAUAUACAUACAUAUAUAUAAAAAAAUAAUUAUAAUAAUUUGUAUCUUCGACUGUUAAAAAUACCAAAUAUCGAUUUAUUAACAACAACAAAAACCAACAUGCACAACUACAUUUUCUAUUACAUUAAUUAAUGAUAAUAAUAAUUAUUAAUUACUUUGUAAUUAAGUAAUGUAACAAUCCACCGGAAGUAAAAUUUAUUUUCUUUUAAUUUAUCAGUAGGGCCAUGAUUUUUGCGUUAAUUUAAAAAUAAUUAAUAAUUGAUGAUGUCAAAUUUUUUAUAUUACGGGAAAAAUAUUGAUCUUAUGAAAAAAGUUUUCAAACAAAAUUUUUAGGAAAUUUAAUUUUCUAGAAAAAAUGUCUCUUAUAAUUUUUUCUUAGGACUAAUAGGAGAGCCGUAAUUUCAAAAUUAAGAUUUUCGUAAUGAACAAAUUUUUGAAUCAUUCAUUAUGAAUCUUAGUUUUUAAAUUACGGUGAAGGUAUUGGUCGUAUACGAAAAUCAUAAGAGACAUUUUUUUUGUAAAAUUAAAUUUCCUACAACUUUUGUUCGAAGACUUUGUUGAUAAGACCAAUAUUUUCGCCGUAAUUUCAAAAUUAAGAUUUUCAUAAUAAUCAAAAUUUUGAAUCAUUCAUUAUGAAUCUUAAUUUUUAAAUUAUGGAGAAAGUAUUGGUCGUAUACAAAAAUCAUAAGAGACAUUUUUUUUGUAAAAUUGAAUUUCCUACAACUUUUGUUCGAAGACUUUGUUGAUAAGACCAAUAUUUCCCCCGUAAUAUCAAAAAGACACCAUUCAUUCAAAAAACAAGGCAACAAUCUUGUCCCUACUUAUCAGUCAUUUAAAAAAUUUUCUUUAUUAACUUACUAGUAAUUAUUAUUAUUAUUUUUUUUUCCAAGCACCUGCUGCUGUAACUUUGACAUAUGAGAGUGAGAGAAAGUUUUUACCACACAAUUAAAUAAAAUCAAUUGACACAAACGGAGACAAAACGGGUAUAAGAAUUUAAAAAAAAUAAAUUACUAACAAAUCGUUAAAUUUACGCAGGUACUCGCGAAUGGAGAAAAUGUUAUUGAGAGCACGCACAGAUAAAUAAAUUUUAGUCAGUUAUUGAUUACUUUUUUUUUUUAAAUUACGUAUGAUGGAAUGUAAAGUAUAGUAAUAAAAAGAAAAAAAAACACAAAAAAAAGUAUGUGGAAAGUAACCGCACCAAGGAGAGACCAAACUCGCAUAAUGAAAAAUAAUUACUCGACGUUUUUUUUAUUAUUUAUUAUUAAUAUUAUCAUUACUUUUAUUAGUUUAAUUAAUUGAUUAUUAUUCUAAUUAUUAUAAUAAUGUUUAUUAUUAAUUUUUAUUAUUAAUUAAAUCAAUUAUAUAUAUAUUUAUUUAUGUGGGGUUGGUGAGACAGCUGAGCCACCGUUCCAACGCACUAAAUUGUUAAAAUUAAUUAUAUAUUGUUACUUAACUAAUCUUAAAUCCGUUUGAAAAAAAGAAGUUAUUAAAAACAAUCAAUUAUUAUUAAAUCUUAAUGAUUUUAAAAAAACGAUGUAUUUAAAAAUAAAGUGAAAUUAAAUGCCAAGAGAUUUAAUUGCGGCUCCAUUAAAUUUUUACUCAUACAAAGAUUCAUUUUUUAUAUUUUAUAAUCUCGAGCAAAUGAAUCUUGCGUAAUUUUUUUUUUAUUAUACUCAAAAAAAUGGUUAUUAAUUUCUACGAAAUUUUGUGAGCCUCGAUGGCAACUUUUGUUUAUAAUUAUUAUUUAUAAUUAAUUCAAUUGAUUGCAUGAAAAUUGAAAAAAAAAAUGUCUAUAAUGUUUAGAUUGUUAUAUUUUUUUUGUCGGUAUUAUUAUAAUAAUUUUUCAUUAAUUGUAUGAUUUAUUUUAGUAAGAGUUUAUUGUUAAUUUUUUUUUCGUUUCCACGUUUUAUUUGUCGAGGAAUUAUAGCAAAUAAUUGUUUGAAAAAAAAAAAAUCAUGAAUUAUUAUAAAUUAUGUAACGUAAGCUGAUUACUUUUUAUUACUACUAUUAGUUAAUUAAUUAAUUAAUUGAAAAUAAUUAAACAUUAAGCGUCGAUGAAUUGUUAAUAAAUGAAUUUAUAUAGAAAUUUUUUUUUUCAUAUUUAAAUUUAAAACCAUUAAAAAUAAUUUAUUAUAAUAAAUAAAUAAAGUAAAAAAAAUUGUUUUUAUAUUUUAAACAAUUUUUUAAAUUGUAAUUUAUAUAUAAAUAAAUAAAUAAAAAAAUAUAAAUUCUAUGCUUCAUGACAAUAUGACGACGUAAAAAAAAAAAUACAAAAAGUUUACGAAAUAUUUUGUGAACGGAGCUUUUUAUUACCUAUUUUAUAGAGUAAUCUCAACCAAAAAUAUAAAACAAUAAUAAUAAUUGACUUAAAAAUAAAACAA